AUGCCUCCUUACACCGACAUCGUGUACAUCUUCCAUCUUGUCCUUGAAACCAACUCUGCCAUGUCCCUCAACGGUUUCGCUUCCGACUACGGUGAUUCCCCUCCGACGAUCACUUCUAACGUUGCCGACUCGCCCCCACAUCUGACGGAGGACGAAUUGAGGCAGGAGCGUCUCCUUGCAGCUAUCGACGACGAACUGUUUACUUUGACGCCGCCAACAACAGAUAGGCUUGUGAGGGUGCCGCGCGUCCCCAUGCAACCUGAUCUUCGCUCCAUCCGUUUCAUUCGCGCGUUGGACUUCAUAACGGCUGCAUCCCUGGAGUGGGAUGCAUGCGCAACCGUGAUCAUAAUAAGCCUAGAGCCUGACAUCCCCAUUAUAGUCCCGCGCACACCAUUCAUGUUCAAUGUCCUUCUUCUUUGGACUAGGAUUCCGUCAUCUAGUGUGAUGCACGCCCACACACCGUUUGCCAUUCACUUUCAUGUAUCAGAAGGCUCGCAUACUCGUGUCGAACAUCGGCUAGCUGCUCUGGCGUUUCAACUUACUCAAAAGAGGAUGAACCAUCACUAUCACGCUACGGGCAAGUUGUCAAGCGACUGUUUCGGCAAAUUUGUGGUAACCGAAAACACUGACACGUACACGAUGGGCACUAUUUUGGUGCGGGAGUGCUUUGCUUCUGUCUUCGUGGACGUUCUCAAUGAGUGCCGCACAUCAAAUGCGUCAUCGCGAUCUUUUGCCGAAGAUCAUUGCGUCACGAUUGACCCUUCCGGUACAUGGUUUGCACCAGACCAGGCAGUUGUCGACCAAAACAUCGCUAGAACGAUGGUCCUCGCGCGGUUCGUUGUCUCGUAA